CAUAAGAUUUUGCUCCAUAAAAAAAAAAGAAAAAAGAAAAGAAAGAAAACCAUGGGGAAUGGCUUAGCUCUGCAACAGAAAAUUAUCAAGAUCAUGAAAGCAGAUGGGAAAGUUGUUGCAUACAAAGCACCAAUGAAAGCCCAGCAGGUGUUGUCGGAGUUUCCCGGCCAUGCAAUAUCUGCCACCCUCCCCGUCGUCCGGCAUCUCAAGCCGGAGACCAAGCUGCUGUAUAAUCAUGUAUACUAUCUAGUGCCUCUUCCGCCGCCGUCGGCAAAAGUUGUCAAAAAGAAAAAGGUUAGAUUUGCAAGUCCAGAGCGGGAAGAUGUGGUGGAGGAAAAAGGGGUGGUGAGGAUUAAAGUGGUGAUUACGAAGAAAGAACUGGCGGCGAUGCUGCAAAAGGGAGUGGUUUCCGUCGAUGAAAUGGUUGCUCAGCUGCAGAGUAAGAGCGGCAUAGACGGGGCGGCGGAUGAUUUCACAGGUGGUGAUAACUGUAGACAGUGGAAGCCGGACUUAGAAAGCAUAGCUGAAGUAAACUAGGAAAAAUACAUCGUGUAUAGAGUAGUUUAACCACAACAGCCUGUUUUUCUUUUCUUUUCUUUUUUUUUCAGUUUAAUUAGCAUAUAGACAAAGUAAACAUAUAUGUAGCCAUGAAAGACAUUGAAAAAGAAGUUUUGUUGUACUUCUAAUCGCCAUCGCCAGCGGUGGUUGGAGUAUAUUUCUUUUU